AUGUCUGCAAUUAUAUCAGCAGUAUUAAAAGGUACAAUUGGCUUGAUGGUGAAAAAAGGAAGAGAUGUAGCGGCGGAGAAGAUGAAAGACGGCGACUUAACUGAUCAGAAACUUCGUGGCCUGAUUGUAAGUGAAUUGAACGAUAUCAAGGGCAAGUUAGAUGCAUUAUCACAAAAGGAUCUCAAGGCAGCUGUAGACUUUUUUGGAACAGGACUCGAGAAUUUAAAUGGUGCAGUCGUUGCAAUGCGCAGUGCUAAUGUUAGUGUCGAAGCGGGUAAAGUAUCUGAAAGUAAUGAACAAGAGGACUCUCACGAACUAGCUUUGCUUUCAGAUACUGACCCUGGGAAGACAAUUGCCGUCGCCGCUGGAAUGAGAAACAUGCAACUGACUGAGUUGGAUGAAACAACGAAAAGACUGCUUUCAGACGCACAAGAGAAAUUCAGACUGGCUGUUGAAUACACAACACACGCCUUCAACAAUGAAGUCCUCAGCACCUUUGAUCGAGUCACAGCUAUUCGAUAUCGUGUUAUGGCGGCAAUGUUAAAGUCAGCAACUGAGACAACAAGAACCACGGGCGACUUGAAAAGCGCUUUAAUGAGUGCAUUACCAGAGUGUGAACGUUGCCUGGGGAUUCUUAAUUCGUUACCUGCUGUUCAGAACAGCUUUAAAGUGGAGCUCAGUAAAGGUCUCCUAAACAUCAGAGGUCAAUUUGGAAAAGAUGAAAGGAUGCAGAUAAUUUCCACUGUGUGUCAGGUAAAUCGCGCCAUCUAUGAUGCCAUGCGAACGGUUGGUAAAGACGUACAUGUCUUGGUGUGGCCAUAUGUUGACAUCGGAGAAGAUCAAGUUGACCCUCUGCGCGAUGUAAGAGUGUUACAAAUGUUGGAGAAAUCAGAGAAAGUUGACAUGGAGCAGUACCGCAUUACACCAGGGUUGUCGUUUGAUCUGAAAUUAGGUCAUUAUGGGAAUAUCCUACGAACGAACACCCUGGGACAGUUUCUGAUUGGACGUAUGUGGGAGACAACCGUACAUGUUUACGAUAAAAAUGGUACGUUUCAGUUUAGUUUUAAUCCCCAAACUGAUGAUGCUAACUGGACAAAGAUUGAAAUAACUGAUUUCGUUACUGAAGACGUUAGCGAGAAGAUCUAUUUACUGAUCGGACUGCACAAUGAAGGAUGCACAUUGGCGUUAUUUGAAGUGCAGGUUUUAAACAAAACUGCUGACUUACAGUACAAGUUUCCUGUGAGAUACGGGGAAAGACUGAUAGUUAGCGGCAGCAAACUAGUAAUAUUGAGAGAAUGGAAGGCUCAUGUGUACAAUCAGAAUGGUGAGUUUGAUCAUAGUUUUGAGUUUUUCAGGAGUGGAGACGACAUGAUGAUGAUGUUAGCUGAUUGCACUGCUACUUACGACGGCCGCAUCUUGAUAAGGCACGGUAAAGGAAACUUCAGCGAUUACUUCUGUGUUCAUGUAUUCACAAUGGAGGGACAGGAGAUUGCAAAAUUCAGAUCUGGCGUCGGAUUAAACUUAAACAAAAUGUACUUUUCACCUCGCUCUGCAGGUGAACAUGUUGUCAUCGCUGGUUGCAAUUUUGAGGAUGGGAUCAUGACAGUGGAGUUAUACACUGUAGAUGGAAAACUUGUGCGAAGAAUUCUGUUGCGUGAGGAACCUAAACUUUAUUUUAAAGCAAUUACGGUGACCUUGGAGGGACACAUUCCUGUGUGUUUUUAUCUUGAUAAUAGCAAUAAAAAGGUAGUUGUCUUCAAAAAUUAAAAGACGCGGCUUUUUGGCUUGACGAAUAUUGCGAGGAAUUUCAUACAAAACAACUGAGUUAAAGCACUAACAAGCUUUUUCUUUUCAAAAAAAUUAUAUCUCUAUAUAUUUUAUGAAAUCUGUUUAAGCACAGGUUAACACUGUUAAUUAUUACUUUCGUAAUUGUUAAAAAAAAAACUUAAUACUGUUGUUUAAGUUUCGUCCCGGCAAAAAAGUACAAAACCAAAGACGUUUUAAUCUCUAGAAGCCUUUAAAAUUUCAAACGAUACAAUAUUAUUUUAUUCAUCCGCUGGAAUUUUUGCUUAGAAAAGAAUUGGAAAAUGGCCCGUCUAUCAAAAUCCGUUGAGCAAAUCAAGCAUUUAAAGAGAUUUUUUUUUAAGCCGACAAAAUCCUUUUUUCCUUGACAACUACCCUUGGUUGGCUCAUCCGAUUUCGCGAACAGGAACAAUUAUUAUUCCUGUAAGUGAGGUUAACUUUCUGGUUAUACGAAAAAUUUCGCGUGUCUCAGCUGUAAACAAAGUCGCAAAAUCGAAAAAUUAGUGAUUACCGGUAAAAAAUUUUCCAAUUGUUUGCAAACGCCAAAGUCUAUUUUUCGUCAUAGUGCAAACAGGGGCCCAAUACUCGCUCUAAGAUGAAAAACUUAAGCGCUUAGGUUGUUCAUUGAACUGCGACGAUCACAUCCGCUUUCAUAUCCGGAUGAAGCCGGAUGUGAACUUAAAUGUGUUUUUAAAAAAUAUACAGCUGUACCUAAAUGUUGGUCAGAUUAAUUUGUAUAAUGAAUCACUUCCAGUAAGCUUGACUUUGUUUCUUGGGAAAACAAGAAAAAUCGUGGAUGAGACCGUCGUGACUACCUACGCCCUAAGGCUUAGCAUUCUUAAACAACCAUUUUCACGCCUAGCCGAGGUUGUUUACAAUAGGUGAAACAUUUUGAGCUCGGAGGUAUGAUUUCCAUGCUCUGCUAUAUUAACACCAUGAUCAUUUGGUAUACUCAAGUUUUCUUGGGGAAAGAUACCUCGUAAAGUUAAUUCAGCAGACUCCUGCUUGAAAGGACUAAUUUUGAGCUACAACCGCUUUUAAAAAAAAUGCGCCCUUUUCUGAUUGGCGCAAAGGCCAACUGGUGCUUACCAUAUUUGGAUGAUCCGAGCAAUAUACCAUCGAUUUGAUGGUACAUUUCUUUGAAAACGAGGUUGAUCGAUGGUACAUUUGAUUGGAAACGAGGCUGCAUGGGAAAUAGACCAUCGAUCAAACUCGCUUCCACGCGCGGCCGACUGGCUAUUAUUCACGAGUGAACUAAAAAAUGGCGUUCACGGCUAUCCGAAGAUGAAGUAGCUGAAUUUCUAACUAAAACUGCACGGGAUAAAUGCAAAAAUACGCAAAAUAUAUCUCUUGUGGAUAACGUCCUCCUCGAUCUGCAGAAUUCUUUACAUCCUACUCAGCCUCAUUCAAUAAUUGCUAAAUAUGUAACAACCAAACACUCUAAAAUAGCUCUGGUGUGUUGUCUCGCCUUAGCUCGCUGGCAAUUGAAUAACGAAGUAAUUUUCUGUUUCCCCCAGUUUGAUUUUCUCUCUAAUAUUGCAUUUUCUAUGUGAUGUGUAAUCAGUUCAAUAAGUGUAUUCUUUCUUACAAAACUAACGUUUGAGGUUUAUAAUACUAAACAAAGUUCAUAUACAAAGAACGGCUGCGCAGCUAUACCUGUAGAUGAUAGAAUGUGCUUAGUAUAAGCAAAAAAUCAGAUCGGAGGUGAAUAACGUGCAUAUAAUAUCUUGAUAUUUCGUGAAGAGUUGAUUUAAUGUAAGACAAGAGCUCUUCGCUCGCAUUUGAAUUAGUGAUGUAAAAUUUACUUUAGAAUCUUAAUGAUCCUUAGCAAUGUUUUUUGUUAACAGCAGAUAACAGCAAACCUGUAAAAUUAUAGGCAAAUGUAGUGAUUUUUGUAAAAAAGAAAUUAAUAAUAAUGACAAUACAGAGUAACAGGAACUUUAACACGUUCAUUCUAAGCCCCAAUUUUUGUAAUUACCCAUUUUUGUGCAAUUUCUCCUGUAUUCAUUAUUUAGUUAUGUUGAUUUUUUUGUUGCAAUCAAAGGAGUACUGUACCUUACCUUUCUUGUAAACAGACCAAUUCCUCCGUUUGAAGAGGCAACGAAGAUUUAAUUUCUCUGUUACUAGGAUUGCCGUUGCCUACAUACCUGCACGACAUACCAGAAAAUAACGAGAAGGACGUGAUUUGCACAGUACAGUGGGGUCCACACACGUCCAAGUUCUGUAUUUUUGUUUUAGCUGUGAGCUACAUUAAGAAACAAUUGAGGUGCUGAUGGCCCGGCUGCCUUUUUCUAUACGAGUCAACCUCAGCCAGUAGAUGCACCUUAGUUUUUUUCUUUCGUUAACCCUUACGAAGUUAGCCUGAAUGGUCUGAAUAUUCGCCGUCUCCUCGAGUCGCACUACCGUAAGGCGGGAUGUUACUAAAAGAAGGAACGGGGAACGGGGAAUAAGAAAAUGAAAAAUGAGAAUAAAUCCUAACCUAACUUUAGGGGCUUUAGAAGGACUCAUAAAACGAAGGGGCUUAUAUCCGAGGGGCUUAUAAUCGAAUUUUUUUUUGUUUACAGGUAGACGAGCCUAUAAAUUUUUGGCAGGUAGGGCGAGGGGGGGUUUAUAAGCAGGGGCUUAUAAGUUGGAUUUUAAAGUUUAUAUCUCACCUGAUAGAAGAACUAUCGUGCGUUACACCGAGUAAUUCACAUAUUAUCGUUCUUAUGACACCUUUUUUUUUCACUCCCUAGUUUCCAAAUUUUCAAAGUUACCGUAAAGUCGUAACAGUACUAUCAUAUUGAAAUAAAUUUUGUAUUUUUUGGAUGAACCGUUAAAAAUUAAGGUUUCAUUUGAAUCAGAUCACGCAUAGGAUCAAAAAGUCACACGUGCACAGUACAUAUAAUAUAUAAUAGCAUUUAGAAGUGGAAUCGUUGAAAAGGUAACUUAUUACGUUCUAGAAUAAAUAGUUUCUUAAAACGAUGUUACUUGUCACAUAAUUUGUAGAAAACGCGCAAUGAAUUUAAUUGCUAUAACUGUGGCGAAACAUGUCGCGUUCACAUGAAAGUAGACAGUGUGCGGGUCACGGAAAAAGCAAGCAAAAGUAACCGCCUUCGCACGCGCGCAAACUUUAAAUAGAUUUCAAAUAAUUAUCAUGGGGUACAGGGAUUUGCUCUUUUAGCUCAUUCUUGAUAAGUAUCGGGGCGCAGGUGAUGAUACAUAAAUUUUCCCUAUUUCUAGUUGUCAGUUUUUAUAAGGAGCAGUCAGUUUUUUAAUAAAACCUUUUGUUUUGAAGCAAAUGACAGGUUGAUGACGGAGCCAAAACGACAUCUCGUGUUUUGUGUUUUUAGAGGCCGAGCUAGACCGGUGAAUAUCAUGAUAAAAGAUUCGAAGAUAUCGUGGAAUUUGAGCAGGUAGCUGUAAUUCUCUUUCUGAUAUAUAAUACCGGUUUGGAUUGUAAAUUGCUUGGAGGCCCUUGCAAACAGGAUAACCGACACCUGCUUGCAGGUGAGGGUUGUGUUUGUUCAUUUGGCCGCAUUAAAGCUUGGGACAAGUAUUAAGACUGAACACACAAGAGAAUGUGAGAAAAAAUUAGCGAAAGAUUGAGUUAUAACGUGUACAAUGAUUAACUGAGAUGGCUAGCACUACAGCUAUCGUAAUAUGCAGUAUUGCCGCAUUUGAGUCACUCCUCAUUCUAACUGCCAACACCUUCACUGUAUACAUUUUUCUGGUCUCAUCGAAACAAACUAAAACGCACUUCGUUUUUGCUAAUUAACUUGGCUGUAGCGGAUUUGCUCAUCGGCUUUACAGAACCAGUAGCGAUCGGAACAGUCGGAAUACCACAGCGAUUUGGCCAAGAAUUCUACGGGAAUGUUUCAACCGCAUUUCAAGCAAUGUUCGCUACCACUUCUGUCGUCUGCCUCGUUCUCAUUUCCUUGGAACGAGCGUUUGCAUUGAUUUGCCCAUUUCGACAUCGAGUGAUAAGCACUCGAGCUUACAUCUACAGUAUCAUUUUUGUGUGGUUUUCAGGAAUAACUGUGGGUGCAUUCACUUUGCUCGCUGUAUAUGGAAUAGUGGAUUUUAUCCAUUGGAUAGUAGUCUAUUGCUGUAUUUUAGCUUCGUGUUUGCUGACCAUAUGUGUUACUUAUUUGAUAGUCAGAAGAAAGGUUAACACUUGUCGACUGGAUCCUACAAUGGUUAAAAAUCACAGCGAAAACGGACCUGAUGGUGAGAAACAUAGCACUAAAUUUUCGAGGACUCUGUUUAUUAUGAUAGCUGUAUCUCUUGGUUUUUGGCUUCAAAGCACCGUAAUUUUUUCUGUUCACAGCUUAUGCCAUAGAUGUGUCCCAAUACCUCUUAUCUACGCUUCUACAGUAUUACACCUGGCCAAUUCUCUCGUUAAUCCUGUAAUAUACAGUUUUAGAAUGCCGAUUUUUAGAGAAGCCGUAGGUAAAUUAAAACUGAAAAAACAGUCAAAGAAGUACGAAAUUAGCGGUCACUCUUGAAAUUUUAUUAUCUUUUAUAAUUAUUUUAGAUUUUCGUAAAUGAAUAAUAAGAAAAUGCCGGUCAUGAUAGUACGUUUACUUAAAGAACAAAAGAGUUUGCCUUGAAUUUGUUCAAUUUUACAUCAUUUUUACCUCCACUUCCACUUUAUUAUCAAUAAAACUGGAGUUUCUUUGUGCCUUGAAAGCUGAAGAGGAUUUAAAAUCUUAAUCAUAAACUCAAUUUGUUCUUAUAAGUUUUCCAGAAUCAGUUAACUUUGUUCGCAUUGAUUUACUUUCUUCUAAUGUAGUGGGCUCAUAAAACCGAGGCGGGAAAGACAAUCUUUAUGUCGUUGGAGACUAGAUCGCACAUAAUAACAUUGCAUAGCAUAAAUAAGAUAAGGAACAAAAAAUUGUGUUUUGGCCGCUGCGCAGUACAUUUUAAGGACUUUCGGCUUCUCAUUGGUGAUUAUUUUGCUUGUCCAUUUUUAUUUCCCCAUGGAAAUUUCGCCAUUCGCUCUCCAAGUUAGAGUAAUACCUAGGAACACGUUUUCACCAAAGCAGAUGGGCUCCUGACCAAAGCAAAGAAUUCUAAUACAUUUUUAGUCGUUUCUUAAUGUCCCCCAUUUACAAACGGCGAACUUGUACAGAACGUAUAUUCCAUGCAAAUAUUGUCUCGAUAAGUUUGAGUUACCCUUAAAUUUCAAGGGUUUUCAUUUCCGCCAAAAAGUAAAGACAGGAAAAAGGAUAUUUAGUAAUAGCUGGUUGGUGGAAAUAGUAAGUAAGGUUCUAUUCAUCUCAAAAAGGUAAUUUCUUCAAGUUUUUCACUAUUAACCAAGCCGAGCUCAUAUUUUUUAAAAGAAUCAAACUUUUGAACUAAAAAUGGUGCCAAGAAGUACCCCAGUCAUUUCUACGUUAACAAUGACAAUGAUAGCAAAAUAAAAGCCAAACGUCAAGUUGAAAGUCUGAAAACGUUUUCGAUCGUGAAGCACCAAGAGCUCAGUGCUAAUAAAAAUGACAAUUUACACUGGUGGAACUUGACCACGCCCAAAGCCAAGGAGGUAUUGUUUUAUAAGACGAUCGUUCUUAAAACAGAGUAAGUGACACACGUACACCACCCCAUGGCUGAUGAUAUACGGCUUUGUUGGUUUAAAGGCCUGACUGCUAUACAAUGCUGAUCCCUAAUAAGAGCAAAACAGCUGUCCAUGGCUGCCACUGCCCGGGUGAUAUUUCAAUGCGCAUGCGUGAGGUACUUGUUAGGCCGUGUGCCCCCUUUUCUUGCUUUUAAAGGUGAUGUUACACAAGACGACUCGCAAUCACAAUAUUUAGUGCAACAGAGAGUUGCAGCAUUGUUGCGACAUUGUCUCAAAUACUCG